AUGUCCUCACCCAUACCUGUUAACCACAUACGUCAUGCCUUUGGCCCGGGCAAGACCGUGGCCGUCAUAGGCGCCGGGAUUAGUGGUGUGUGCACCGCCGCACAUCUAUUGAAGCAAGGACUCCGCGUAGCAGUGUUUGAGCGCUCGGGAAUCGCGGGCGGCGUCUGGCACUACGAUGGGCAUAUUUCGGAAGACCCGCCAUACCCUAAUAGCAUGCCCUCGCGAGGGGAUUAUCAAGUAUCACAACCGGGGGAAUUUGCAUACGCCACACCUCCGCCGGAACACUAUGCCGAGGUUGCCGACGGUAUAGGCAGCCAAAAUAGCCACGCUGUCGCCGACCUGGAGGUGCAUUUCUCACCACCCGGGCCAUGCUACGCAGGCCUGAAGAAUAACGUUCCGACAAACCUCAUGACCAGCGCUCUGGGCUCGUGGCCGGAAGGAACUGAGCCCUUCGUUAACCAAAGAUACCUUGAGGAGUAUAUCCAAACGCUGGCGAAGGACCACGGCGUGGACGAGGUCACAUCAUUCCACACUCGAGUGGAUGAGGUGCGAAGAACGGCUGACGGGUCCAAGUGGGAACUACGCUUAGUCGCGCUAGAAAAGGGGGGCACAGGCCCCCGACUUACCGAGAAAACCUCGCAUUUCGACCUAGUUGUGGUUGCAUCGGGACACUACAACAUGCCUCGAAUUCCUGAUACAGAAGGGCUUAAGGAGUGGAAAUUAAGAUAUCCUUCUCAGAUCACUCACUCUAAGCAAUACCGAUCCCCCGAGGCGCACCAGGGUCAGAACGUGCUGGUCGUCGGCGGUGGAGUAUCCGCCCUGGAUAUAUGCCGCGAGCUCGAUGGUGUGGUCACCAACACUUACCAAAGCGUACGUGGUGGGAAGUUUGACCUACCCUCAUCCAUGUUACCAAAAAGCGUUGUUCGGGUCGCGGAGGUAGCCAGGUUUGAGUCCCGCAUCGCUUCUGCCGGCGACGGGCAGGUUGACGCCAAGGGGGGAAUACCCGGAGUCGUCGUAUUGAAGGAUGGAGUGGCCCUGGAGAAUAUUCACCACGUGGUGCUGGCAACAGGGUAUAUUACAUCCUACCCCUUUCUCCCGCAGCUUCACUCGGAUGAUGCGCCCAUUGCGGCGGCAGGUGAGGAUCUCCUGGUGACCUCGGACGGCACCAUGGCGCACAACCUCCACCGCGACAUAUUUUAUAUCAACGACCCCACGCUGGCAUUUGUCGGCGUGCCCUAUUACGUGGCAACAUUUUCCUUGUUUGAUUUUCAAGCGCAGGCCGUUGCUCGGGUAUUCGCCGGCAAGGCCCGGUUGCCCGGGCGGGAAGAGAUGCGGAAGGAGUAUGAGAGGCGUGUGGAGGAGAAGGGACUCGGCCGGGGGUUCCACUCCCUCCAUGGACCUGGUCUCGAGGUUGCCUACGUGCAAGAACUUGCGGACUGGGUAAACAGUACUGGCGCGGAAAUCCCGGGGAGCCACCGAUGCUGGCUCAUUCGGAAGAGUGGAAGAAAGGAUAUGACGAGUUAA